UAGAAAAUGAUAAAAAUAACAACUGGUUAAAAAAGAAAAAUUAAGAAUAAUCUGUAUCGCAAGAAAUAAAAUGGGCUCAUAUCCAGGUUCUUAAAACUAUAUAGCUAUUUAGUUAGGAUUUUCGGUUUUACUUACAGAUGUAACACGCUAAACUGCUCUGACUAACCAUCGCAUAACUGCUGUUUUCACUGCCUACUUUGUUUUGAAAAUCUCACCACCGGAACCCUUCGUGAAAGGCACUGUAUUGACAGUCAAGCACUCACUCACAGCAUAUCAGCUGUAUCAGCGAGAGGAGUACUGACCUAAUUUGGAGAGCAGGGGACAACAAGAGACUACACAUCGGGACGAGCAGCUGAAGAGAAAGUCUACCAUUUUCUGUUUGUCUGGAGGAAGCUGUGCGUGGGACAGAGAAAAGCUACAUCAGCCUGUCUGCGGAGAAGCCGAUGCAGAGCUGACUGCUCCUGCUGAGAGAGGAAGAGGAGGAAGAAACAAGUCAAAGGGAGAGAAUUUGCCAGAUGUAAGAGGAGGAGAGAGAGAGAGAAGGAGAAAGAGAGAGGGCGGGCGAGGGUUUCGGUGACAGAGAUCAUUGUUCUGGAACAAACCCCUCAUGGGUGAACUGGCCAUUAAAAAGUCAGUAAUGGCCAAGCUGUCAUCAGCCUAGGUGACCGUGUGCACCUGAGCGUUACUGCUGCAGCACAGUGAAAGUCACCACGUGCCUCAGGGCAGCUGCUGCAUGUUUGUUUUUUUUAAAAAAAUCCACGCUGUCCAGGCUGCCGGAUCCUAACUGAAUCCUGCCCAUUUUCUGCACUGGAUCAUUUUCACCUGGAGCUUUUUCCCCUUUUGGGCGUUCACCAGGGAGAGAAAAAUAAGCAAAAGCGGGAUACGGAGCAGUUUGGAUAUUUGGACAGACUGAGCCAGUGACUACAGCAGAGAAAGAGACUGCUCGGUGCUCCAGUGUCACGUGCAGGAAUGCAGAUUUGAAUAAGGAAUCAGACCAGCAAUACAGCCUAGUGUUGGAGCAGCUGAGCCUGUGAAGGCCCCUGAGGCGGCCAUGUUGGAUCUCUUCGUCAGAGUGCUGGUGUUGGCCCGUCUUCACCUGUCACCUCACAGCACCUUGCUGCCAACCUAACUCCUCACUCCUUUCUUCCUUCACCUUUCUUCCACUGCUGGAUUGGGGGAAAGGUCCUUGUAGAAAAUGUCCUAUGCACACCACAAGCUGCUCACCUGGUGCUUACCUCACCUCCUCCUCCUACCGCUGACCUACCUCUGGCUCCUGGCUCUUCCCACAGGUGUGUCAGCAAAUCACUGCCGGGUCACCGGUGGAGUUCUGGGCAUCCAUUGGAGCAGCAUCAUAAGCCUGGGCUGGUACCCUCUGGCAGAUGGGAGAGCCGGAGCGAGGUGUUGGGAGUUCUGCUGCCUGGAGCCAAAGUGCAAUGCUGUUUGGAGUCUCGGCGGUCGCUGUGUGUUUCUUAGCUGCUCGCGUGAAGGAGGCUGCCCCAUCUCCAUCCUGCCUCAGCCCCACGAGGAGUCCCUCGGUCUCCUGCAGCUGCUCUCCAAGGUCCCUGUCAGUGUGAGGCGGAGAGCGAUUCGCCGUGCACCACCUACAGGAAGCCACAGAAUACACAAAAGACUCCAUAUCCGCUCGGGAAGCUCCAACACAGAUGCAGCUCAGCCAACAUCAGCAGCACCCAGCACCAUCGCUUUCAUCCAAGUCACCCAAAAGAACAUCAGCCAGAUAAUGAACGGGAGUUCAGGCAUGCCUCCUGCUCCGUCGCUGCAGAACUCAACGAUCAACGGCGCCGUUGAUGCUGCUGCGCCGUCUUCCAAUGACAGCGAUGUCAGCACGCCCACAGCAGCUUCUUCGACCAUCAACACAACCCCGACACAGCCCGUGAGGGAGCUGGUGGUAUCAGCAGGAGAGAGUGUGGAGGUAACGCUGCCCCGCAGUGAGGUCGAACUUAACGCCUUUGUGGUCCCAACGCCCCCAAAUGGGACAAACUAUGCAUUUGACUGGCGCUUCUUUUUACACUUGUUCUCACCUGCGGGGAGAUGCUGCAAAGAGCUGGGGAGAUGGCGCCCUUGUGGGAAGCACAGCAAGACUCUGAAACUCAGCAAGCUGACCGUGGGCCUGUACGAGUUUGAGGUGACAGUGGAUGGGGAGGGCGCCCAUGGAGAAGGUUACGUUAAUGUUACAGUCAAACCAGAGCCACGGGUAAACAAGCCUCCUGUUGCCGUAGUUUCCCCAAAGUUCCAGGAGAUCUCCUUGCCAACCAGCUCUACGGUGAUAGACGGCAGCCAGAGCACUGAUGAUGACAAGGUGGUGGCAUGGCACUGGGAAGAGGUCAAAGGUCCUCUGAGGGAGGAGAAGGUCUCUGCUGACACCCCCGUACUCACCCUCACCAGCCUUGUGCCUGGGAACUACACAUUUAGUUUGACAGUAACUGACUCAGACGGCGCUACAAACUCGACGCAGGCCACGCUCUCCGUCAACAAAGCCAAGGACUAUCGACCUGUGGCCAACGCUGGCCCAAACCAGGUCAUCCAGUUACCACGCAACUCCAUCACUCUGUAUGGCAACCAAAGCACCGACGACCACGAUUCCCUGUCCUAUGAGUGGUCCCUCAGCCCAGAGAGCAAAGACAAAGUGGUGGAGAUGCAGGGUGUACGGACACCCAUCCUACAGUUGUCGGCAAUGCAAGAGGGAGACUACACCUUCCAGCUGACUGUGACGGACUCAGCUGGACAACAGGACACUUCUCAGGUCACCGUCAUCGUGCAGCCAGAAAAUAAUAAACCACCAGUAGCAGAUGCGGGACCUGAGAAAGAGCUGACGCUGCCAAUGGAUCACACCACACUGUAUGGCAAUAAGAGCCACGAUGACCAGAAGAUAGCCACCUAUCACUGGACAAAGACCAGUGGUCCCGAUGGUGUGAAGAUUGAAAAUGCAGACAGCGCCGUUGCCACGGUGACAGGUCUCAAGGUCGGCACAUACGAGUUUACCCUGACAGUAACUGAUGAUAGGAAGCUGGAGAGCAGCGACACUGUCAUGGUCAUCGUUAAGGAAGAAAAGGACCAACCGCCAGUGGCUCAUGUUGUGUCGAGUCCACCCAUCUCUCUGCCUGUCAGGACCGCCACUUUGGAUGGAUCUCAGUCCACUGAUGACAAAGGUGGACUCAGCUACCUGUGGACCAGAGAAGACACCAGUCCGGCUGCUGGGGAUGUCCUGAACAACUCCGACCACCAGGCAGUGCUGUUUCUUGGAAACCUGGUGGAGGGCAAAUACAGCUUCAUCCUGACUGUAACUGACAGCAAAGGACAAAGCAGCAAGGGGAGGGGCACAGUGGAGGUCAAACCAGACGUGCGGGAGCGUGACCUGGUGGAACUGGUGUUGGAGGUCUCCGUAUCGCAGGUGUCCCAACGUCAGCGCGACAUGCUGCUGCGACAGGUUGGGGUUUUACUGGGUGUGCUCGACAGCGACAUCAUUGUGCGAGAGAUCAGUGCGUUUAAUGAGCACAGUACUCGUUUGGUCUUCCUGGUGUCCGGCGGCCCAGGGCGCCCUCCGCUGUCUGGCCGUAAUGUUGCACUCGGCCUGCGCAACAAACUGCGUAAACAGAAGAAUGACUUCCUCAUCUUCAAGGCCCGACGAGUGGAUACAGUCAUCUGCCAGCUGAACUGCUCCGGCCACGGCGAGUGUGACUCAUUCACGCGGCGCUGUGUCUGUCAGCCUUUCUGGAUGGAGAAUUUUAUCAGAGCUCAGUUCGGAGACGCAGAGAGCAACUGUGAGUGGAGCGUGCUCUAUGUGACGAUAGCAUCCUUUAUGAUUGUGGUUGCUGCGGCAACAUUUGUAUGGGGGAUAGUUUGUUGCUGCAAAAGGCGUAAGAGCAAAGUGCGCAGGAGUAAAAGUCGAUACAAAAUGCUAGAAGCUGACGAGCAGGACUGUUUGGAGCUGCAACUGCCAAGAGCUGCACGCCUGAAGCCUGUUCCCGCUCCCACUUCCUCUGCCCUCAUGCACUCGGACUCUGACCUGGACAGUGACGAAGGGCAGGGCGGGAUCCCGUGGACGGAUCAGGAGCGCGGGCAGCUUCUGAGGCCUCAGAACGGCUCCCUGAGGAACGGCCAGGGGCCGGUGAGGGCCAAGAAGCAGAGAGAGGAGCGGCUAUAGCAAGAGAGGAGGGGGAAGCUCACAGCUGCCCUCACACAGCUCUUCCCCUUCACGCCUCCUCUUUCCCCUUCGUUGGUCUUCAACACAAAAACCUCACACUUCUCCUCCGUGAAGACAAACUGGGAAAUAGCCGAGUUAGGAAGAGGGAGAGAGGAGGAGAUGCUGGAACCGUGUUGUCACACUGUCACAGAAAAAACACCACGAUACUGAAGCUUCCCUGCACCCACACUGAGCCAGAACGACGUGAAACAGAAACUGCCAUUACACUGAGAACCAGGGGUGAGCACUGUGUUUUGAAUGAUAUAAAAUAUUAAUUAGACCCCUAUUAUUUAACACAGAGACACAAAGAAUGUAGUGCUGCCCAUCUCCUGCUGCUGGCUUACAAAGGUUGAGAGACUGUGUGAGACGAAGUAACUCGAGUGACUUUUUAAGAUGAGGAAAAACAAAACUGCUUCAAUGACACGAAAACCAGCCACCUGACACGCUCACACCUUGCCUCUUGUAGACACGCAUGUACAAACACGUUGUAUUCACGCCGUUUCAGGUCGACCUGAUGCUACCAAACACUGCCAUUUUUAAAUUAAUGGUUAACUUUGCUCUGAUUGUUUCUGUUCAUCUGAAGCAGGACGGAGAGGAAAAAAAAACAAAAAAAACAACAACAACCAAAACUGAUCUGAGCUGCCAACAGCUCGGAGAAACCACCUCAGAAAAUAUUUUAAAUAAUUUAUGUGCAUGAAGAGCGACAGAUUGCAGCUCUGGUACAACCUGAUACGAUUGGCUGCAUGUUUGUAUGUCAGGUGUAUGUGUGGAUUUCUGUGGCUGCUGUGCCAAAAGAUGUUUCCUCAGAGCAGUUUGUAUGCUUUUUUUUUUUUUCUUUCUUUUUUUUAAUGUUUUUUAUGAACCCACAGAAGAGUCACAGUGUUGUCAGGUUUUAUUCUGAAGGCUUCUCUGUGGAUUAAAUUACUGGAGUACACAACUGUAACAAAGGUGGUCUCAGCAGGGAAGGCAGUUGGGAGAAAGAUGCAGAACAGGAGAUGGAAGGACGGAACGCUGCUUCCUCAUCACCCUGAAGCCCUGAAGACCACAGAGUUUUUGUUACUGUUUUUACAAACAACCUUUUGGCUGUGAUUAGACAUGGAUGCACUUUGAUUUUAAUGUCUGCUGUCUCACUUUGUCUCUUGUUGGGUUAAAAAAAAAGGGAGAGGUUCGUAUGUGACGGUUGAAAGUUGGGAGGUUCAGCCAUAAACGCAGGAGGAAGAACGUCCAUCAAAGUUAUCCAGUGAAGAAAGAUACAAAUCAGACAGUGUUAACAAUUUUAAGUUCAUUCAGUCCUUUGUCUGUGGUCAUAUCGCUGAGAUAUUUCUCAUAAAGAGCCAGAGGAGGCACAGCACUGGGAUAUGGACAGAAGUCAGUAAUGUAAUUCUCCAUGCUUUAGGGUGUGUAUUUUAUUUUAUUUUUUAAUCCUGGGAAUAAUUUUGCAGUUUCUGUGAGAUUAUAGCAGCCAGUCGUGUUUUAUUUGCUUCUAAAGAGGACAAGCAUACCUUUUUUACUGUUCCGUUUUUAACAAACUGAAUGUUUAAAUCCAUCAAAAAGCCAAGUCACAAUUCACAAUAUCAUUUUUCUGGGUUUAAUGGUAUUCAUCCUCUUUGGUCUGACCAUUAAAAGAUCUUCUUUUAAAGUGAUUUUGAUGUUAUGAAGUUGGAGUAAAAAUCCACAGGCCCUGUGCUGUGCAAAAACACAGAUUAGUGUUUUUUAGCAAGGUUAAAAAAGUUAAAUCAGUUUAUUUCUUUCAAAGUUUAAAUUUUUUAAUUAUAGUCAACUCUGUGUUUUUUGAACAGUGUCAUUAUUAGGCGUACAGAAACAUUAAGGGUUUGUACUAUAAUGGUUGUAAAAUUAAGAUAUCUUAAAGUUGAUGGAGGGUUAAAUUUGGAUGGGAGCUGCAGAUUUCAAGCUGACUCGAAUGUGAGGAAAAUCUUUGAAACGGUUGAUCAGAAAAGUUAAAAUAGGUUUUCUAUUUUCUAAUGUAAACUUCAUUUAAGUAUAGGAGUGAGCUGCGCAUCCGAUCGGAGAUAAAACUGUACUAAAUCCCGAAAACAAAUUAUUUCUUCCCACGGACAGGACAUGAGCAGGAGGUUAAUCUGAAGGAUGUUUGCGUACGCUUUGAGCAGAUUACCAGAAAUAAACCACAAACCAGCAGGAAGGCUUUGUUUGUUCAUCAGCAGUAAUCUGAGGUGUUUCUCGGCUGGACCGUACCGACAGACAAACUUUAGCA